AUGGAUAAUAAGCUUUACCCAAUACAGUAUAACCGUAUUAACCCCCAGUGUCUGUUCUACCCUAAGGUAUGGGAUACACCUCUCCCGCUGAUCAGUGGUGGCAUUGGGAGAUUCGCUUUAAUCAAUUGUCAAACACCCGACUUGUCAGACACACCUCAAGAGGAAAUAAGAGUAUUUAGUGGUGACAUUGCAUUCAUUGAUUGCGUUGUAAGAAACGGUAGUUUACAUACAGUUUUGUGGAAAUAUUAUGAGAACAGCAAAAGUGAUGCCAAGUUAUUGUCAGCUAAUAAAGUAAUAAUUAGUGACGAAAAGCGGUAUUCUGUUAUACAUAAUGAAGAUAUGGACCGAUGGGUAUUGCAAAUAAACUUAACAAAACCAACCGAUUCGGGUCUAUAUGUAUGUGAAGUGAAUUCUGUGCCAAAACAGUCAGUUACUCGUGUUUUGUCAGUUAGUUAUCCUAAAACAUUACAAUCUGUGUUAAAAACAAAUGUUACGGUAAUUUCCGAUGAUUUUGAUCACAACUUUACCGAAUGUUGCGCUAAGGAAGGCAUACCAUCGGUUUGUAACGAUUUUUGUCAUUUGAAGGGAUUAUUGAAUCAAACGCCGAGAGCACACAUAUUUGCCAUAUGCUAUGCGCACAUGUCAUCAAUAGUCAAGUGUUUGACCGACGGUCGCAAUCAUAUGCCAUGUUGUGAGCGCCAGAAUAUUCCGCGCAUAUGUCUCGGUUCGUGUGCCGGCAAAUACAGUCUGACCACUGCUCUCGAGCACAUCACUUGCUUAGACUACGCGACGCCAACUCUUUCAUGUAUAGCUGAAGGCAUGCAAAUAUUGCCGCCGCCGCCCAGGGAUGUCAUAGUUGAGGUCACCAGUCCGUCACAAAUUUUAGUCAAAUGGGAACAAAACCCGGUUAAGAGUCAUUCAUUGAUAGAUAACUAUGAACUAAAUAUCACUGAAUUGCAUUCAUUUGAUCCAAAAACGUGGUCAUUGAAUAAAUCCAGUAAAUAUAGUCCUCCCAUAACUCGCAGCGAAAUAUCAGAAAACAUGAAGAAAUUGCAUAAAUUGGAUAAUAAAGUGAAUACUUAUAUAAUAUAUACAAAUCAAACACAAUUUACAAUCAAUGGUCUUAAAGAGGCGACAAUGUAUGAAAUUGAAAUGAAAUCAAUCAACAAAUAUGGCACAAGUGUUACAUCCAAUGGUAUUCGUGUCAUAACAGAGUCACAUAUACCGCACCAUAGCUUGGAAAAGGAUUCAAAGAAACCGAUCUCUUCUCUGAAAUUCAACAAAACUGCAUCUUUUGCACCAAAUCUUAGAAAGUGUUGCUCUGAUAGUGGCGUUAAAUCCGAUUUUUGUUUGAAUACGUUAUGCGAUCCGACAAAUGCUGAAGAGGCCACUGUCGGUGAUAUUAGUUUCUGUGCCCAAUACGCUAAUAUCACUUUCAAAUGUUUAUCACCCGAUCAUGACGUCACAAAUUGUUGUGAAGAGCGGGGAGUUUCGCAAUUUUGUCAACACCUAUGUAGCGGACAAUUAGUUAAAACAGAUUUCCGACAUUUUAUAUGUCUUCACUAUAUUCCUGCUUUCUCUUCGUGUAUAUUGGAGUCAAAAGGUCUGUUGACAAGUGAACCGCGAAAUGUUGUCAUUGCGAGCAAACACCAGGACUGGGCACUUAUCAAAUGGUCGCCACCAUUGAAACUAUCAGAAACAGUACUUAAAUAUCACGUCCACAUCCGUGAAUUAGAUCCAGAGAUCGAUGAGGGAUAUUCUGUAGAACCGACUCUUAGAUCUCCAUAUCUAAUCGAUGGACUAAAACCGGGUAUUAAAUAUGAAAUUUAUUUAACGGCAAUCAAUAAGUUCGGUAUGAGUCGCGGUUCGUCUCGAAUAAUCUUUAAGACGAAGGAACCGGAAUCUAAUGAAGACAUUGAGUUACAACAGUCGGACUCGAGUGUUGGCUAUAAUGAGACGGCAUGUUGUCAGCGGGCAGUUAUACCUGAUAUAUGUUUGCCGUUAUGUAGUUAUCAUUUGAAGAUCAAUGACGGCUUACAGUUGGGUGCGUUAUGCGCUGAUCACAGAACUAUUAGAACAAUGGUUCGGUGUUUAGCCGGUGGUCGCGACCACAGACCUUGUUGUGAGCGAAGAGGUGUUUCCAAUGAAUGUCUUGAUGUAUGUAUUGGAACAAUAAAUCAAUCACCACUUGCUAUUGGUGUCAAGUGCUCUAAAUAUAGCGGACGUAUAUUGCAGUGUAUGGUUGAAGGCGCCGACUCUUUGCCCGGUAUUCCCGAAAACUUUCACUCAACUUUGGUCACCAAAACAUCCAUACACUUGCAAUGGAACGCCUCUAAGACUGACAUUAGAUCGGGUCUGAAGCAUAUGACUUACCAAAUAAGAUAUUCAUUCAUUGACUCAGAAAUACCUCCUCAUCCUUAUGAUGACAACUAUUCCAUACGAAUCAACGUUAGUGACACCAAAUUAGUGUUGACUGAUCUAAAACCCGACACUCGAUAUAGUAUUUAUGUGGUGGCUGUCAAUCCUUAUGGUUAUUCAAUGCCGUCUUUAGUAUUGUUGGUUACAACUCAAAGAGACAAUGAAGACGAACGCCAAGAGAUCAUUCGUUCUCAAUUAGGUCCACCCCAUGGCAUACAAGUUAUCCAACAGACCACUGAAUCCUUAUCUUUUAAGUGGUUACCACCAUAUUAUAUACCACCAGAUGCUUCGCUAAUAUAUGAAGUCUACUUUAAAAGAGUGACCAACGAAUCGAGUGGACAACAGUCCGCUUGGAAUAUAACCGAUACUUUCGCUAAUAUUAUAGAUAUAAAUGAUCUCAAUUACAACACUCAAUAUGCACUGGCAGUCAAAGCUAAAACAGACACCGGAAAGAAAAGUGUAUUAUCGGAAACAGUGUUGGCCUGGACUGACCCAUCAACACCUUUAAAAUUAAGUUCACCAAAAUUGGAACCGUUAGGUCCAGUCAUUGAGGGCGAAAUGUUGACUGUCAAGUGUGAUGCCAGUGGUAAUCCCAUUCCUACCAUAAGUGUCUUUGUUAAUGGAGUGUUAGCUAAAAGCGAAGAAACUCGACAUUUAAUAUAUAAAUUAGAUUACGUUCAAAGAAAUCUAACCUCAAUCUCAUGUCAGGCCACUAAUGCUGAGACUCUUAAUAAUAAUUCAAUAUUUCCGUCACAAAGUCAUCUCGAAGUGAGAGUCAGAUUCGCACCUACUAUUAAAAUCAAUCGUCAGCCAAGUGUUGCAGCAAAAUAUGGAUCAGCUCAGCUUAAAUGUCAAUACUCUGGUAAUCCACAGCCAAAAAUCCAAUUCUUUAGAGAUCUCAGAAACAAAUCCGAACUCAAGAGUAAUCUUAACACACAAAUCAAAAUUAUUCCCCACUCAACGAAAUCAUCGACAUGGGUUGCAACUGUCACCAUCAAUAGGGUCACUGAAUCAGAUGCCGGUCAAUAUAUAUGCAUUGCAACCAAUGAAUAUGGGAGAGAAACGGCUGUUAUUAAUCUUAAAGUUGAAUCACAUAUGUCAUCAAAUCGUAGCACAUAUUCCUGUUGUCAAAAUGAAGGAGUGCCUGAAAUAUGUCUACCGGUUUGCAAACAGGAGAUUGACUUUAAUAUGCUAUUUAAUAGACCCCAAUGUUUCAGUGAACUAAACAAAUUCAUGUUUUGCGCGGCCGAUGGUAGCGAUCAUCGGGACUGUUGUCUUCGUAGAGAUGUUUCACGUGAUUGUCUUCAUUGGUGCGCUGGUUAUAAAGUCAGUAAACCAUCGCUAUGUUUAUUAUCAUCUGUUAGAGACAUCUUAAGUUGUUUUAAAGAAGGCAAUGCUUUGUUACCAUCAAUGCCUCUCAAUGUCAGAGUUGGUGAGCUAUUGUCGGAUAAUAAAGUUGUUAUCAGUUGGGAAAAACCUGCCAAAAACUCUGAAGCGGUUCAGUGGUAUAAUGUUUAUUGGAAAAGAGUCGGCUCUAAGGACUUAGAUUCAGACCGAACCGAUCAACUCGGAUAUGAAUUACAUAACUUAGAUCCGCACCAAACUUAUGAGUUUUUAGUAAAGAGUUCCAACUAUUAUGGCACCAGUGCUUUAGCAGAUCCUCUCGUCAUUAAUAUAAGACAGAUUGAGAUGGAAAAUGAAGAUUUUAAUAGAUCGGUACUAAAGAUAUUGUUAUUUUCUAUUAUCGUAAUGAUUAUUAUGGUUGUAAUGGGAGUAAUAGGAUAUUAUGCAUUCAAACGAACUAAUUUGUUAAAUAAAUUCCGAUCUAAUGAUCCGGGAUUUGGUGUGUCGUUCGCUAAUCAGGGAUAUGUUAACGAUAGCCUUCAAAUGCAAGACAACACAUAUAGAGACUCUAAUAAUAACGAGAGGCCUACUGUUGAAAUCAGAAUGAAUUAA